AUGGAGCCAGUCGCUAAGGCAUUUCCUGAUGCACCACUGCUUACAGAAGUGCACAUCGAACUUGCAAAUACAUGGGUGCGAGAGAACAUCCAGCCACUCAUUCAGGCAGCGGCUGUGGUGAUUCACGAAGUCUUGAAAUUACCCCUAGCAUCCCCCCCUCCCCCCUCCCCUCUCCCCAACUCCUCCACUCCCAACCCAAGUCGUCCUGACGUUCGCCAAGGCAUAGGGAGAUCUUGCCACAUCUGCCUCCCUCUUCCCUUCUUCCCGCAAAAAUCCUCCCUCUUCACCCUAUUCGGCCAUGCUGCUGACGUGGGCAAGUGA